AUGGCUUCCUUUUCAACUUCAAAUACCGCCCUCAUCCUGCUCGACAUACAAAAGGGCAUCAUGAUGGGCAAUUUUCCCGACAAGACACCGGCAUACAUUAGCCGAGCAACCAAGUUGCUCGAGGCCGUGCGCUCCGCCAACAAGUCUGGCAACAAGCCAUCCAUCACUAUUGUACAUGUGAAAGUUGCUUUCCGGCCCGGCCGACCAGAGCUUAACCCAACGAGCAACAUGGGUGAGCGGCUCAAAAACGUGCCCGCCAACGUCUUUGUAGAGGGUGACCAGUCUGUCGCCCUCUUCGACGAGCUUACCCUUUCCUCUAAGCCAGACGGAGCCGACGCCGCUGGUCAUGCAAGCCAAGACGACGUCUUUGUUACCAAGCGUCGCGUCUCUGCCUUGUCUGGCACAGACCUAGCCACUAUCCUGCGCGGGCGCGGGGUCGGCCAUCUCGUGCUGUGUGGCGUAGCUACUGCGGGCGCUGUGUUGUCAACCGUCCGCGAGGCUGCGGAUCUGGAUUACAAGCUUACCGUCCUCAAGGACUUGUGUAUGGACAAAGACGAAGAUGUUCACAACCUGCUGGUCGAGAAAGUGUUUCCUAUGCAAGCUGAGGUGCUGGAAGCAGACGAGUGGGUUACUCGAGGCUUUGCCUGA